AUGAUUGGAGCAAAGGAACUCGAUGAUGGAUAUUUUAAUUAUUACAGGAAAUUGACACCUCACGCGGACUCCAGAUUCUCAAUGGUGGCAGAACACAGAGAUUAUUUCGAUAUCCGAGGGAAGAUAGAAACACAAAUGUUGUCCCCGAAGACUCGUUAUGCAGCUUAUCUCGUAUAUAGAUUAGAAAAGGAUUUCAAGGACCUUCAACCAGUUAAAGGGAUUAUCUGGUUUGUUAAUCUUGAUGAAUAUCGUGAUGCCGAAAGGCGAGCUACUACGUUGCACCUUCGACCAGGGUUGGUGGGUAAAAGUCAGCAGAUUGCAGUGAGUAGACCCGACGGAUGGAUGGAACUACAAUUGGGAAUGUUUUAUAAUGAUCUAGGAUCUGAUGGCCCAGUGGAGGCAGGGCUGUUGAAAAGUGAUGAAAGAUCUAAGGUUGACCUCGUAAUUGAAGGAAUUGAGUUUCGACCUGCAAAGACAGGUUUUGUUUCAAAAGAAAAUGCGAGAAACCGAAGAAAAGGGAUCUUUUCAAAAUUAAGGAUUUCUGGAUAG